UGAUGACGUAGGACGCCGGUGUCGGUGAGGAGAGGAGGAAGUGGAGGAGAUGGAGGCGGCGAGCAGAAUGUUCCUGGUGGCCGGGAUGGUUCUCAUCCUGUGCGGGGCCGUGUCCGAGGGACAGAAGAAGAAGGAGAUGUUGUUGUCGGAGAAGGUCGGUCAGCUGAUGGAUUGGGCCAGUAAGAGACCCGUCAUCCGUAUGAAUGGCGAUAAAUUCCGACGGCUCAUCAAAGCUCCGCCCAGAAAUUAUUCCAUCGUUGUCAUGUUCACCGCUCUGCAGUCCCACCGACAGUGUGCCGUGUGCAAACAAGCCGAUGAAGAAUUCCAAAUUCUGGCCAAUUCCUGGCGCUACUCCAGCGCCUUCACCAACCGAAUAUUCUUCGCCAUGGUGGACUUUGAUGAAGGAUCCGACGUUUUCCAAAUGCUAAACAUGAACUCCGCCCCGACCUUCAUUCAUUUCCCCCCCAAAGGGAAACCCAAAAGAGGCGACACGUAUGAGCUGCAGGUGCGAGGAUUUGCUGCAGAGCAGAUCGCUCGAUGGAUCGCCGACCGGAGCGACGUCAAUAUCCGUGUAAUAAGACCUCCGAGUUAUGCGGGUCCGCUGAUGCUGGGCUUGCUGUUGGCUGUGAUUGGUGGAUUGGUGUAUUUACGGAGAAGUAACCUCGACUUCCUCUAUAACAAGACUGGAUGGGCCUUGGCUGCUCUGUGUUUUGUGUUGGCGAUGACUUCUGGACAAAUGUGGAAUCACAUCCGGGGACCGCCGUAUGCGCACAAGAACCCACAUAACGGCCAAGUGAGUUACAUUCAUGGAAGCAGCCAAGCGCAGUUUGUGGCCGAGACGCACAUUGUCUUGUUGUUUAACGGCGGCGUCACGCUGGGGAUGGUCCUUCUACACGAAGCCGCCACUUCUGAUAUGGAUGUAGGGAAGCGGAAAAUCAUGUGUAUGGCUGGAAUGGGUCUGGUGGUUCUUUUCUUCAGCUGGCUGCUGUCUGUGUUCCGAUCCAAAUAUCACGGAUACCCCUACAGCUUCCUGAUGACAUAGACGGACUGGGAGGCGGCUGUGAUGGAACUCUGGGAAGGAUUCCUGCGGAUCGUCUUGCGCUGACAGAGAUUUGGGGGGCGGACGGUCCCGGCGGCGGCGGCGGGACGUUUUCUGCUCCUCCCAUUGGUUGGGGAAUGAGACUGUGAACCAAAGAUUUCAUGCAGUGCCUUAGCAGUGAGAUCCUCGAACUCCCACUCUUCUAGUGUCCUCCUCUCCUGAUCCUUCCACCUCUCCAUGGCGUGGUCACCGCGCUCCUGCCGCGGGUGCCGACAUUCGCACAGCAUUGUGGGAUUUCACCUCUUUAUAUUUCAGAUAAUAAAAUGAAGAUCGGGAAGUUU